GGCUCGGGGCUCCUCCCCCCGUGUGGUGUUACCCUCUCACUUGAUCAAAUCCUCGAACGUGAACAGUUUCACUGAAAAGCACUUUUGAAAAAAAAAAAAAAAAAAAGAUAGAGAAUCCACCACCAACAGUAAGGAACAGAAUCCAACUACCGGGGAGAGAGUUGGGAUUUUUGUUCUUUUUUUCCUUCUUUCCUUUUUUUUUUUCCCUUUUUUUUUUCCUUAUUUUUUUUUUUUUUCCUGGUCAUCGUCUCAGAGGCUGAGAAAAGGGGAAGAGAAAGACGGAGAGCGAGAGGAAGAGGAGCCUUUUGCAAAUACUACUAAUAAUUAUUAUAAUUAGAAGCCGGCCCCUUUCUCCUUAAAGAAAAAAAAAAGCCCUAACCGCAGCGGCUCGCCCCCCCCCCUCUCCGAGCCCCCCGACUCGCUCCGCAAAGGCAUGGAGAAGGGGACCAACUGCUUUCCGACCUGCCACACCAUUUUUCUCGCCUGGACAUGGCUCUUACUCCUGUCUUGGUGUUGCACCGGUGCCGAAAUAACUUGCAGAUCCUGCUCGUCUCCAUCGCCCUCCUGGCCGGCAUCCUCGUCUCGCCUUAGGCAGGAGCAGCGUUCGCCGCCGCCGCCGCGGGGAUUACGGAGCUGGCCGGGCGGCCGGGCGCGGGGCUCGGCCGGCGCGGAGCCGCUGCCGGGCGGGGAGCCGGGGGGCCGCGCGGGGCCGCGGGGAGCGCCGCUCCGCUCGGCGGGGGCGGGAGGCGGCGCGCCCGGGGGCCGGGGCCCGGCAGCGCCGCGAAGCCGGCGGAGCAGCGAGGGGCGCUCCCGGGGGGUGCCCGCGGCCGAGGGGCAGCGCGGCGGCCGGGCUCAAGCCCGCGGACCGCUGGAGGAGGGGAGAGCGGCGCGGCUGCGAGGGGCAGAGGAGCUGAGGCUGAGCAGCACCACCUUCGCGCUCACCGGGGAUGCGGCGCACAACCAAGCUAUGGUGCACUGGUCCGGCCACAACAGCAGCGUGAUUCUCAUUCUGACAAAGCUCUUCGACUUCAACUUGGGGAGUGUUACAGAGAGUUCACUGUGGAGGUCAACAGACUAUGGCACUACCUAUGAAAAGCUAAAUGACAAAGUAGGCCUGAAGACUGUGCUGAGCUACCUUUAUGUCAGUCCCACUAACAAGAGGAAGAUCAUGCUUCUUAGUGAUCCAGAGAUUGAGAGCAGCAUCCUCAUCAGUUCUGAUGAAGGGGCUACCUACCAGAAGUACCGUCUGAACUUCUAUAUCCAGAGCUUGCUUUUCCAUCCCAAGCAGGAGGAGUGGAUCUUAGCCUACAGUCUGGAUCAAAAGCUGUACAGCUCCAUGGACUUUGGAAGAAAAUGGCAGCUCAUGCAUGAGCGGGUCACUCCAAACAGGUUUUACUGGUCGGUGGCUGGUUUGGAUAAAGAACCUGACCUUGUGCACAUGGAAGCCCGGACUGCUGAUGGACACACACACUAUUUGACCUGUCGGAUCCAAGAGUGUUCAGAGACCAAAAGGAGUGGGCCAUUCUCACGCUCCAUUGACAUCAGCUCUCUUGUUGUUCAGGAUGAAUAUAUCUUCAUCCAGGUGACAGCUGGUGGAAGAGCAAAUUACUACGUGUCUUACAGACGGGAGCCUUUUGCACAGAUUAAAUUGCCCAAAUACUCUCUUCCUAAGGACAUGCAUAUUAUCAGCACAGAUGAAGAUCAGGUGUUUGCAGCUGUUCAAGAGUGGAACCAGAACGACACAUACAAUCUGUAUAUCUCAGACACCCGAGGGGUGUACUUCACCCUGGCCUUGGAAAAUGUGAAAAGCAGUCGAGGACUGGAGGGGAAUAUCAUUAUUGAACUUUAUGAGGUAGCAGGGAUCAAAGGCAUAUUCCUGGCUAACAGGAAGAUAGAUGACCAAAUCAAGACUUUCAUUACCUACAAUAAGGGCAGAGACUGGCGUUUGCUGCAGGCACCGGACACCGAUCUAAGAGGGGAUCCUGUAGUUUGCCACCUGCCCUUUUGCUCAUUGCACUUACAUCUGCAACUCUCAGAGAAUCCAUAUUCUUCAGGAAGCAUUUCCAGCAAAGAGACAAUUCCUGGGCUGCUGGUGGCAACAGGCAAUAUUGGCUCUGAACUGUCCUACACUGAUGUUGGCAUGUUCAUCUCUUCUGAUGGUGGAAAUUCCUGGAGACAGAUCUUCGAGGAGGAAUACAACGUGUGGUUUCUGGACUGGGGAGGGGCACUAGUGGCCUUGAAACACACGUCAGUGCCCAUCCGGCACAUGUGGGUGAGUUUUGAUGAGGGAAGAUCUUGGAGUAAAUACAGUUUCACAUCAACACCACUUUUUGUGGAUGGAUCCCUUGUAGACCCUGGCAUAGAGACCCAGAUAAUGACAGUUUUUGGGCACUUCAGUCUCCGUUCUGAAUGGCAGCUGGUCAAGGUGGACUAUAAGUCGAUCUUCAACCGAAGGUGUAACAAAGAUGACUACCAAACCUGGCAUUUGCACAAUCAGGGAGAGCCUUGUGUCAUGGGAGAGAGGAAGAUCUACAAAAAACGCAAGCCUGGAGCCCAGUGUUCCCUAGGUCGGGACUACUCCCAAACUGUUGUGUCUGAACCAUGUGUCUGCGGUCAGGGGGACUUUGAGUGUGACUAUGGGUACGAGAGACACAGCAACAAUCAGUGUGUCCCAGCCUUCUGGUUCAGCCCGUCCUCCCUGUCCAAGGAGUGCAGCAUGGGUCAGAGCUACUUGAAUAGCACGGGGUACCGAAGGAUUGUGUCUAACAACUGCACAGAUGGCUUGCGGGAGAAGUACAUGGCCAAGGUGGAGAAAUGCCCUGGAAAAGCACCUCGUGGACUGCACAUCCUCACUACUGAUGGAAAGCUGGUCACAGAGCAGGGACAUAAUGCCACCUUCAUCAUCCUUAUGGAAGAGGGCGAUCCCCAAAGGACAAACAUUCAGCUUGAUUUUGGAGAUGGCAUUGCAGUAUCCUAUGCUAAUUUCAGCCCUGUUGAGGAUGGCAUCUGGCAUGUCUAUAAGAGCGCUGGAAUCUUUCAGGUGAUGGCAUAUGCAGAGAACAGCCUGGGAUCCGACACUGCUGUCCUCUUCCUGCAUGUAGUCUGUCCAGUGGAGCAUGUCCAACUGAGUGUUCCUUUUGUCGCCAUCAGAAAUAAGGACGUCAACAUUACUGCAGUAGUUUGGCCCAGCCAGGCAGGCACACUUACCUACUUCUGGUGGUUUGGUAACAGCACCAAGCCCCUCAUCACCUUGGAGAACAGCAUCUCAUACGUCUUCACUGUGGAGGGGAUGAACACUGUUACUGUGCAAGUUGCUGCAGGCAGUACCCUCACCCAAGACACCAAGGAGAUCGCAGUGCAUGAGUAUUUCCAAUCUCAGCUCCUGUCAUUUUCUCCCAACUUGGACUACCAUAACCCUGACAUCCCUGAAUGGAGACAAGACAUUGGCAAAGUCAUCAAGAGAGCUCUAGCACAGGUCACUGGUAUCCCUGAUGAACAGAUCUUGGUAGCUGUGUUUCCCGGGCUACCUACUUCUGCUGAACUCUUCAUACUGCCCCAUAAAAACACAACAGAGAGGAGGAAAAGCAGCGAGGCUGAUCUGGAGCAAGUGGUAGAAAUCCUUUUUAAUGCUCUCAACCAGAACCUGGUCCAAUUUGAACUGAAGCCUGGUGUUGAAGUCAUUGUGUAUGUUACUCAGUUAACAUUAGCACCCCUUGUUGAUUCCAGCACGGGUCACAGCAGUUCGGCGAUGCUGAUGUUGCUGUCUGUGGUGUUCGUAGGCUUGGCUGUUUUUUUAAUCUACAAAUUCAAGAGGAAAAUCCCUUGGAUUAACAUCUAUGCCCAAGUUCAGCAUGACAAGGAGCAGGAAAUGAUUGGCUCUGUUAGCCAAAGCGAAAAUGCCCCCAAAAUCACUCUGAGUGAGUUCACAGACCCCGAGGAGCUGAUGGACAAAGAGGUGGACACUCGAGUGAUGGGAAGCAUCUCAACAAUUGCCAACAGUGAAAGCACAAAGGAAAUCCCCAACUGCACUAGUGUUUAAUACUGAAAAUCCACUUGGUCUACAACAUUUCUGACUUUUUAUUUGUAAUUAUUAUUGUUAUAAUUAUUAUUAUUAUGAAAAAAGAAAGAGUUAUAUGUCAUUAUCAUUUGGGUGGGGGUGGGGUGGGCUUUUUCUGUUUACCAGGGCUGCAUUCAUAAGUAGCAGGGGUUCUUCAUGUUUAGGAAAUACUCAUCAGAUUAGAAAGAAAAAGCAAAGGACAAGUCAGGUGUGCAAUGGGAUUUGAAUGCCAGCCUCCUGUUAAAUACAGAAUGGGAAUUAAGUAUUCAAAUCGAACAGGCAGGUAUAGUACUUUAGGCAACACGUUGUAGGUAAAUUGUCCCUUUUCAGCCUUUUUCAAAAUUACUCAUGAAUCAGCUAUUUCAUCCUGCCAGAGGGCUCAGGCUGGGUUGUUGGAUCAGGUUCCGCAAUGUGUCAACAGCCAUCACUUUCCGAUGACAUGCAUGUCUCAGCUUUUUGCAGGAUCUUGCCUCUUUUAAUUGCUUUUAAUUUCAGUCACCCUCUGGCACUGUUGACUGCUGAGAAAGGGGAAAAAAAAAGGCAGAGCAAACACACAUGUCUUAGGCCAUAGACUGGCUGGAGGGGACAGCACCACAAGCAGUGAAGGAGCAUGCCUGAGUUUAUGAAAGCAGCCCAAACCCCGUGCAUGUGAAUAGCGAGGAUGCCGAAGGCCUAUUGUAGAUAAUUACAAUGUACAUAGCUUUUUAUUUCUUGGGAAAUAAUUUAAUGUUUAGUAAAAGAAGAUAUGUUUGAAACAAAACCUGAACCACAAACACACAUGCACGCACACGCACGCGCGCACACACACAUGUGCGCGCGCUCGUACAUGCCAGCCAACCAGGGACUGUGGUGAGCAUUUGAAUCACGCUUUGGUUCCAAGCGUGUUCCAGUUGUCUGUCAUAUUUCAAUCUGACACUGCUGUCUAUGAACAGCAUAGUUUAUUUCUCUGUGUAUAAAUGCAAGCCUUUUUUUCAUAUAUAGGGCAUCAUUUCCUAUGAUGGAGCAGAAAAAGAUCAUUAGCAGGAGAGCCUGUCAUGAAUAUUUUAAUGAUGUUCAUCAUCUGUCCACCUCUGUCAGUGUCAUCCACUUCUGAGAAAGAUCUUGGUGACACCCAUUAGGGAAAAUGAGGAAAACAAACGUGAAAUUACCACCAUCUCAGGGUAGGCAAAUACUAGUGUGCUUGCAGUACCCAGUAAAACCUGAACUCAGCAGUGGGCUAGGGUGCAGUAGCUUUGCUCCCAGUGACAAGUCAUGCUUUCAGCAGUUAAGCUGAUGAAGUAAAGUGCUAUUCAGGAUGUGUAAGAGUAGUAAAUUUUGGCUGAACAUGAUGCAUGUGAUUAGGGACUGCUCUUUGGAGAGGGGAAUGGAGGGUCAGGUCUGCAUAACUUUGCUUGGAAAGGUCUUUCUUCUGCGUGUUGCAGAACAGCUGCUUCCAAUUUUGGAUGGAAAUGCCAUCAGAGUAAUUUCUGCGUGGUGAGUAGGUGCUUUCUGAUUAGAACAGGGAGGUUAAUUAAGAAAAGGCAGUGAAAAACCUCUUUAGGAAUCUUUUAGCACACUGAGUUGAGGAUAUCCGUUAGAAAUGGUGAAGCCUUGGGGCAGGAGGUUGAAUUAAUGGUGAGUUACUUUUAUCCAUUUUUCUUGAGUUAAUAAUGUUAAAAAUGGACCUUAUUCUGCAGAAUAUUGAGUUCUAAGACCCAUCAGGAGUUUAAGAAAGAUUGGAGGCACAUUUGAGAAGAUGUUCUAGUGCUUGCAAGGUAACGGCAGAAAUGAGGCCAAGGUGACAAUGUUUGUUACCCUUUUUUUAGGAUCUGGAUACAGGAGUCCACGUCACUUUUAGUACAUCUGGACUGAAAUGAGGAGAUGGCUAGAAUUUAGGUGUUACUUGCUACCUCUCUGCAUUGCAACAUGCCAGAUGGCUACAAACCAGCCUCAGCUACAUAUGUUCACUCUGUUAAUGGGCUGGAAUCUUUCAAAGUUUAUAAUCCUGAUGGGUCUGCAAGUGGAGAGGAAAGUGGUUAAACACAGUUUAGAGAAAAACACAGGACAUACAUAUUUAAAGAUUAAAAUUUUAAAACCAAAAUGUAGGGAAAUACUGGUUUGUGUGAAGUAUUAAAGCUAAAUAUUCUCAGCUCUUCUCCUCCAUUUCAGCCAGGCUUGUAGGCCUUUUCUUUUGAUUUAAAAGUAUUUUUCUGUUUCCGCCCUCACUUUUCUACUCUAGUUCCUAAUAUAAGCUGAAGAGUGAAGUCUGUGUGAUUCUAUUUAACCUUGAGAUUCCAUCCAUCACAUGUGCAUAAACUGUUGCAUUACUGUCUCUGUUCUACUGAAACACCAAAGUAGUUUAAAGUAAUGGCCCAGUCUGGUGAUAACACUGUUAGCACAAGGCCAUCCAUUUAGGUAUAGAUGGGAGAGAUCUACAUAAACAACAAGGCCUGUAGGCCUUGAGCUAAACUGUGGGCUGACCUCAGUCUUUGCUGAUCAUUAGGAUUUGAGGGACUGCUUUUGUGAGCUGCUGUAGAGGACUGAAUACAAAAUACUCCUUGUUUUCUGUAUUAACUUUUUCUUUUAUAAACCAGGAAACGAAGUGAAAAUGUUCAUUGCCGUUUGGAGUUUUCUAGGUUUUUCACAGCAUUGAUCUUAUAUUGAUUUAAAAAGAAAGGUGGAGGAUUACAGUUUUCACAAUUUCUUUCCACAUUUUUUUACAGUUUUUUUGCAUUUAUUUUAUGAUUUUUCCCUUUACAGUCUUAAAGGUGACUGAUAAAUAUCUCAUAGCAGAUUGGAGGAAGCAAGGACGAAAAAUUAGGAUUAAGCUAUUGAAAAAAUGGAAACAUUUUUACUUCUUAAAAAGAAAUUUAAUUUCAAUGAAGGAUGUGAAAUUUCUGAAUGAUACAGUUAACUUCUUAAGAAACAUCUGUCCAGAAAACCGUUUUCAGUCCAAAAUGAUCCUAAAGGCACUACAAAACAAACAAACAAAAAAAAUCCAUGGAGCCAAAAUUAAAUGUCAAAAGACGUUGCCUGUUUCUUGACUUGGCUCAAACUUCAAGUUCCAUGAGACUUUUGGGUGUUACUACUUCUUAGGCUAGUUUGUCACACUGCGUCUGGACCAGAGUGUGCUCCAUCCACAUCUGGAAAGAGCUCUCUAGGAUGUACAUGGGACCACAUUUGCCAGAUGAUACCUGCUGCAUUAGAACACAACUAUGGAUGGUGGAAGCAGAAAAAGAGCUUGUAUUGAUGACUGCCAGCAGCUCCUUUAGGAUAUUAGAUGGGUAACUAGUACGUCCCAAUGGGAUAGCCAGGGCUCUGUCUGUCCAUGGGAUCUCUGUAAGCUGGGAUUGGGCAGCUAGCACUGGCCAUCUUUUUUGGAAGGCACUGAGCUGCAGCAUUAGCAGAGGCUGGAGUAUUGGCCACUGUUAUUUGUAUAUGUCAUGCUGGGAAAUAACAACUUGGGGAUGUCAUAAAGUUUUUUCCCCUGCAAGUUUUAUCCUGAUGAAAAUGUAAUGGGAAUCCUUGAAGCUGUAGAUUAUGAUUUACCCAAGUAAGGAGGGAAAGAGCCAAUGCCAUGAGUAGAAUGUAAAUAGCUUCCAUACUGUGGUUAUGUAUAAAGAGGAAAAGAGAGAGAAAGUGAGAGAGACUGGGUCAGUGCCCUCUAUCACUGCCAGCCUUUCCCUCCUAAUGGAUUCUACUGUAUUACCUGUAUUUUAGGAAUAAUGCAUGAGACCUGAGGACUAGAUGGGGCUUUUGGCUCUGUAUGGCUGUCAAUCUGAUAUAAACACCCAAUAGAUCCUCUACUUAGUUCAACCUGUGCUUGAGGACCCCAACACUAAGCCCAGAAAUAUUAGAGAUGAGGCUACAGCGACUGGGGACUGCAGGUUUACUCAGUUGCAGUUGCCUUCAAUAAAAGCAUGUGCAGGAGAGUGUGCAUUUUCUUCUGGAAUAACCUUUGGUUUCAGGGGUGUGCAAAGAUAACCUAUUCUCCUCUCUUUCCCUUCAGUCAGUUCUCACACACAUUCCAGGUCUGACAAACCAAAUCAGAAUCCUCACAUUCCUUCUCAUGAUGUUGGACAGUGCAUUAACCCAAACCACCACCAUGGUUUUGAAGGAUUAAAUGAGACAGACAAUUGCAAUACCUGUAUUAAACACAGUAAUACAAAUGCAUGAGUCAUAUAUAUACAUAUAUAUAUACUGUUCUUGGUUUUAUUGUUCCAUUUGAAUAUUUCUACUGUAAAAAAGGCAGUGGUUUUGAAAUUGUUGAAAAUAAAUGUAUUUUUGUACA